GCGCCUGUUGAAGGUGUGUGUUUUCCCCCGGUGCUGAGUAGCCUACUCUCCAACUAACGAGCUAGCGAACUUCACCUCAACUUCUUUCAUCCUCUUGCUUUUGUUGGGCUGUUGACGGACUUUCUGAAGGCGAAUGCUGAGGAUAAAACGUGACAGCUCUGAUGUUUGCUAACCUGAGCCAUCAUCGGAGCAGUUAAGAGGCCACAGCACUGAGGAGAGGUUUGUCCUGCCCGUCACGUCACCCUCCAAUCGUCAGCUCCGUCACAGGGUGGGUGAUGAGGCCGCUGUGGGGGCGUGGCCUGGGCCUCCUCCUGGCCUUGUCGUCCACCGUCUUCGGGCUCCACAUCCCUCUGGAGGUGGAACAGCUGCCAACCAUCACGGCAAAGGCGCCCAGCUCCUUGAUUGCCUUCCCGUUUGAUGAGAGUUACACUCUGAAGUGCGAAGCCAAAGGCAACCCGCAACCAGCAUACCGAUGGACAAGAGACGGUCAGCACUUCGACCCACGCCGCGAUCCUCGGGUUCAGACGCAGCCGAACUCCGGGACUUUUGUGAUCCCCAACAAUAAACACACCUCGGAAUACCGUGGGAAGUACCGAUGCUACGCGUCCAACGAACUAGGAACUGCCGUAACAGAGGAGACCCUAUUCAUUGUUCCCAAUGCCCCAAAAUUCCCCAAAGAGAAGCUGUCGGCCGCGGUAGUUGAAGAGGGCAAGUCCAUUGUUCUGGAGUGCAACCCGCCCGAAGGUAUCCCCCCUCGGCAUAUCUACUGGAUGACUAACGGGCUGCAUCACAUUGAGCAGGAUGAGAGGGUGUCCAUGGGUCUCAAUGGGAACCUCUACUUCUCCAAUGCCGUGGUGAAGGACAGUCGCCGUGACUACUGCUGCUUCGCCGCCUUCACCACCAUACGCACCAUCGUGCAGAAGACGGCCAUGUCUCUCGUGGUCAAGCCCAUAAAGGGUGAUGGCGAGCUGGAUGAAGGCAAAAGCAGAGAGCGCGAGCCCAGCCUACUGCUGCCCCCUAGUGACCACUCUGAGGUGCAUCUGGUGAAGGGAGGCGAGUUGGAGCUCGAGUGCAUUGCUGAGGGACUACCCACUCCGGUGUAUGAGUGGACUAAACUGGGCGAGACACUACCCACAAGGACGAACAUUAAGAACUUUGGGAAGCUGCUGACCCUGGCCAAAGUGAGGGAGGAGGACGACGGAGUGUACAAGUGCACGGCGAAGAACGCUCUGGGAGAGAAGUCCCACUUAUUCAGAGUGUCCGUCGAAGAGCCACCUCGCUGGUCCGAGGGGACUCCCCAGGGUCAGCUGGUCACCAUCGGGUCGGACGUGCAGAUCAAGUGUGCUGCCGCUGGCAGACCCAGGCCCGUCGUCACCUGGAGGAUCAAUGGACAGCUCAUUGGAGAUACGAGCGUGCCUAACGGGCGGGUGUUUGAUGACACCAUUAUGCUGCACCAGGUCCAGCGCAGCGACACCGCCGUCUACCAGUGCCAGGCCUCCAACCGCCACGGCUCCAUCACCGCCAACGUCAACCUCAUGGUGCUCAACAUCCGUCCUUUGAUCCUGACGAAAGACUACCUGGAGUACUCAGCAGUGCAGGGCAGACAGGUGGUCAUGCGCUGCAAGGUCUUCAGCUCGCCACCAGCUGAUAUCAUCUGGACGUCGGGCGAGAGCGGCCCUAUUGUGGCAGGCGGCCGAUUCUCUGUGCUCCCGGACGACGGCUCUCUGUUGAUCAAGAGCGUUGAGGGAGACGACUCGGGACAGUACACCUGCCAGGCCUCCAACUCCGAGGGAGUGACAGACAUCACGGCCAAGUUGGAGAUAAAAGAUCCGACUCAGAUUGCCGAGCCCCCCCAGGACUUGAAGAUUCUGCGUGGCACGAUGGCCCAAUUUAUUUGCCAGGCGGACUAUGACAGGAGCCUCCGGAGGGAGUUUGAGAUCCUCUGGGCGCGAGAUGGCGAGGACACAUACCUCAAUUCAACAGAAGACGCGCGGAUUUCUGUAGAUGACGGCGUUCUGCAGAUCUCCAACGUGAGCCACAGUGACGAGGGCUUGUACUCGUGCAUCGCAAGGACGACCUUGGACCAGGACAGAGCCACAGCGUAUCUCACCGUGCUGGAUGUCCCCGAGGCGCCCAGGAACCUGGUGCUUGCAGAGAGAAGACAGCGCAGUGUCCGCCUCAAAUGGACGCCUGGCAAAGAGCACAAUAGUCCCAUCACUGAGUUCGUCAUCGAGUACGAGGAGAACCAGUGGGACCCCGGGAGGUGGCGUGAGCUGGAGCGAGUCCCCGGCAACCACGUGUCCGCCAUGCUGAUGCUGCAGGGACACAUCAACUACCAGUUCCGCGUCUCCGCCGCCAACGACCUGGGCCGGGGACGGCCCAGCAAGCCCACGGAGAGAUACAAGACGCAGGCCACAGAGCCAGACAGGAAUCCGGAAAACAUCAAAAUUGAGGGUCACCUGCCAAAUCAGAUGGACAUCACCUGGGAGCCACUGCUGCCGGUCGAGCACAACGGCCCCGGGCUGGAGUACAAGGUGAGCUAUCGGCGGUCGGGCGUGGACGACCGCUGGACGGAGCAGAUGGUCAAGAGGCACCUGUUUGUGGUGAAGAACACGCCCACGUUCGUGCCCUACGAGAUCAAGAUCCAGGCUCACAACCAGGAGGGCUGGGGCCCGGAGCCCAAGGUGGUGACCGGCUACUCGGGAGAGGACGUGCCGCUGGCGUCUCCUGAAGAUGUGUCUGUAGAGGUGGUGAAUGCCACUCUGCUGCGGGUGCGCUGGAGCCCCGUCCCUGCCAACAUGCUGCGCGGGCACCUGGGGGGGUACAACGUGAACUGGUGGAGGAUGCGGAGCCUGCUGGCCUCCUCCAAGGCUGCGGGGGAGAAGCAGUCCAUGCGGGUGUUUGGGAACCGCACGCACACCUUGGUCCCGGGCCUCAGGCCCUACUCAGAGUACCGCCUGAGUGUCAACGUGUUCAGCAAGAAAGGCAACGGGCCGAGCAGCCUUCCUCUGAUGUUCACCACUCCACAAGGAGUUCCGGAGAAAAUGUCACUCUUAAGAGCAACAAACCCCCAGAGAGCCUCCAUUACACUGGUGUGGGCCCCGCCCAUGGAGACCAAUGGCAUCCUGACAGGCUACAGCUUGCAAUACCAGCAGAUGAACGACACGCAGCACCUGGGCCCCCUGCGCUCCGUCAACAUCAGCCGGCCGGACGUCACCCACUGGGUCCUCGACGGGCUGGACCGCUCCAGCGCGUACAAGUUCUACCUGAGCGCCUGCACCCAGGUGGGCUGUGGUCCCGUCAUCAGCGAGGAGGCCAGCACUGCCGCCGAAGCCCGUGCUGACCGGCAGGACGCAGGUGUCUCCUCCAGAGGCUGGUUUGUGGCCCUGAUGUGUCUUCUGCCUCUGGCCACCCUGGCUGCACUCAUCGGCUGCUUCGUGUCCAAGAACCGCGGAGGGAAGUAUUCAGUUAAGGAGAAAGAGGACCUUCCUGCGGAUGAGGAGUCCAAGGGCCCAGACGAGGGGACCUUCUGUGAAUACAGUGACAACGAUGAGAAGCCAUUGAAGGGAAGCCUGCAUUCGAUAGACGGGGGCAUCGAGGUGGCGACGGGCGAAGACGACAGCGACGACAGCGACGAGAGCGUGGACUACGAGGACGAGGAGGACAAGUUCAACGAGGACGGCUCGUUCAUCGGGGAGUACUCGGGACGCAGGCGCAGGGGUUCCGCGGAGGCAAACGGACCCUUGUCCUCCUCCGUCGCGUGAGCCUCCCGCCGCCGGACCGGUCCCUCUUUCUCGUGGAGACUCAGACAGAAUUUUUUUUUUUUUUUUUGAGACAUACGUACACAUUUUGUUUUCGGAACUCUCUCACUCUCUCUUUCGGAAGUCUUCCAACAACCUUGAAGCUGGUUAAUGAGUCCGGCGUAUUUGUGGAAUUCCAUGUGUGUGUAUGAUUGUUAGUUUUUUUGUGCUUAAUCACAUGACGCUAUUACACAUAUCUUUUAUUUAUUUCUAAUUGUUAUUGUCAUAGGGAUUAUAUGAACAAAAUGUUUGUUAACGGGCUGAUUUGUAAACAAACAUAGGCGAACUGCAGGAGGACAACAAUCCAAUAAUCCCACAGAUCCAAUAAAAAGCUUACAGUAUAUUAAAGCAUGCCAGUGCACAAGUUACCACACAGAUGAAGUCCCCUGGUGAAUUAAGGCCAUUUGGUUACCGGGGCUAUAGAACAAGAAGAACUCGAAGAACUUGAAGAACUCAAGAAAAUUAUUACAAAAAAAUUUAAUGAUUAAAAUGUCUUUUCAGUGGAAGUUAUAUUUCAGUAAAACUACAUAUCUGUGUCUAGUUAAGGCCUAUCCACAUUGAUUUCAACUGUGUGUGUUAUUUCUAUUAUACCCAUCAUAUAUAUUUGAUUGUUGGUUGAUCUCUGUUGUGGAUCGUAAGGCCAGUUUGUUUUUAGUUUUGACAUCUGAACGAGCUUCCUCAGUAGCACUUGUUUGUAUAUACUGUAUAUAAGAAAAACUUUAUGCAUUUGUAUUAUCUGGACGUUUUAUGCUCCUUUGAAAUGUUUUCAAAUCUUUUUGUAAUAAGGACUCAGGAUAAUUUUGCAGUUAGAAUGUUACACAGAGUAUUUCCUAGUAUGCCAUAAAUUGUGCCAUUUGUGUGCAACAUUUUAGACCCUUUGUUAAAAAUGUUUGGCAGGGGCAGAAGAGAACUUUUUGCUGAUGUUUAUAGUGUAUGAAAAGUUGCGAAAAUGGAAGCGGGAAUGGAAUUAUUGUUAUGUUGCAGGAUCAACUGGCACAUGGUAUAUGACGAGUAUAUGACAAAAUAGCGGUUAUCUUAUUUGUUUUGAGGACAUCAAUCUAAUAUUCAUGAGUGGGGCACUGUGUACCCAAUUUUUGUUUGUUUGUUUUUUGUUUUGUUUUUUUGGAGGGGGUGGUUACAUUGUCACAUAUUAUUUUAUAUCACCACAUAGGCCUACAUUAUAUUUCAUCACACAUUUGUGAUUAAAAUGUUAAAUGUAUUGUUCAAUAAAGUUGUAAUAAAUGCUUAUUAUUCAC